AUGCUCAGCUGCUUGCGUGAGCGCCUGCUGCCUCUCCCCAGGUGCCUAGAGGAGAUCUUCAUCUUCACUACGGCCAAGCUGGACUACACGGAGCGCAUCCUGGAGGUCCUGGACCCUCAGAAGAAGCUGAUCAGACACCGGCUGUACCAGGAUGACUGCCUCUGCGUGCGGGGCCACUACCUCAAAGAUCUUGCUGUGCUGGGGAGGGACCUGGCUAAGACCGUGGCUCUGGACCACUCCCUGCAGGCCUACCCCUACCAGGUCUCCAACAGGGUCCCGAUCCCCAGCUGGCACGGGGACCCCCAGGACCAGGAGCUGCUGCGGCUCAUCCCCGUGCUGGAGAAGCUGAGCCAGGCCGUAAGGAUGGGGGCAGCCCCUGUGCUGGGUGGGGAGGCUGCCCCUUCUUGUGCCCCUUCCUGCCUCUGCGCUUUGGAGCAUCACUGA